AUGUGGAUCACUCUAAACAUCUGCCUGUAUCUGUCUUUUAACUGCAUCUCUGCAGCUUCAAUCCUCAGAUCAGGUACAUGUCAGCUGCAGGGACGCUUCAAGUUAAAUGGAAUGUACCAGGAUGGAGAUGUUAUGCUUGGAGGCCUGUUUGAGGUUCAUUUUUUCACAGUGUUCCCAGAGCUGAGCUUCAGAACUGCGCCAGAACCACCAUACUGUGAAAAAUUUGAUAUGGAAAGCUUCCAGCAGGCACAGACCAUGGUUUUUGCUAUAGAUGAGAUCAAUAAGAAUCCAAAACUACUGCCUAACAUCACUCUUGGUUACCAUCUUUAUGACAACUGUGUGAUGCUAGGAAUGGCCUUCCGGGCUGCCAUAUCCCUAGUUAGUGGAACAGAAGAGUACUUCUCCAACCUCAACUGCACUGGCCCUCCUCCAGUGAUUGGGAUUGUGGGGGAUCCUGGUUCAACUCCAUCCAUUGCGAUUUCUAGUGUUCUGGGGCUGUUUCGAGUACCUAUAGUUAGUCACUACGCCACCUGCUCCUGUUUGAGUGACAGGAAAAAGUACCCUUCUUUCUUCAGAACAAUCCCCAGUGAUGCCUUCCAGGUGCGGGCUAUGGUUCAGAUCUUGAGGCAUUUUGGAUGGACCUGGGUUGGUCUCCUAUACAGUGAUGAUGACUACGGCAUCUAUGCUUCUUUGUCCUUCAAGCAGGAAAUGCAGCUGUUUGGAGGCUGUGUUGCUUUUUCUGAAAUCCUGCCCCAUGAUAACAACCCAAAAGACAUUCAGCGUAUAAUAGGAGUGAUUCAGGCCUCUACAGCUAGAGUGGUAGUUGUUUUUUCUACUUCAUCCUAUUUGAUGACUUUGAUGGAUGAGGUGGUAUUGCAAAACCUGACAGGUAGACAGUGGAUUGCAAGUGAAGCUUGGGCCACUUCACCUGUGUUUCAUACUCCACGUUUCCUGCCCUUCUUGGGGGGUACACUGGGCAUUGCUAUCAGACGCGGAGAGAUCCAGGGACUUCAAAAAUAUCUGCUACGUCUUUGUCCCAGCAAUGAUCCCAAAAAUAAUAUGUUGAGUAUUUUUUGGGAGAAUAUGUUCAGGUGCAGUUUUAAAACUGGGGGUACAGCAAUAAAUGGCGAGCCAAUGAAAAAGUUGUGUACAGGAAAGGAGGAUCUGAGUACCACAAACACACCAUACACUGAUGUUUCAGGGUUGAGAGCAGCUUAUAAUGUCUAUAAGGCAGUUUAUGCCCUGGCACAUGCACUUCAUGACCUGAUACAGUGUGAAGAAGGGAGAGGACCAUUUAAUAAGAACAGCUGUGCUGACAUAAUCAACCUGAAACCCUGGCAGCUGGUUCACUACCUACAGAAAGUGAACUUCACCACAGGUUUUGGGGAUCAUGUGUCAUUUGAUAAGAAUGGAGAUGCUCUGGCCAUCUAUGAUGUGUUGAACUGGCAGCCAAACUCUGACGGAUCAAUACGGAUCUACUCAGUUGGUGUAGUAAAUGAAGGGGCAGGAAAUGGGAAGGUGCUUACACUGAAUGAAGAUGCAUUAUACUGGAACUUUCCGUUGAAAAAACCCCCACGGUCUGUGUGCAGUGAGAGCUGCCCCCCAGGCACCAGACAAGCCAUGAGGAAGGGUCUUCCUGUCUGCUGUUUUGACUGCCUGCCAUGCAGAGAUGGAGAGAUUUCUAAUACAACAGAUGCAAUUGAGUGUAUGGUAUGUCCAGAUGAAUUCUGGUCUAAUCCAGAUAAGAAUCAGUGUGUCCCCAAAGAAGUUGAGUUUCUAUCCUACGAGGAUCCUCUGGGCAUCUCUCUCACCACUGCAUCUCUGCUUGGCACCUGCAUCUGCGGUCUUGUGAUGGUCAUCUUUGCUCAUCACCGUAAUACUCCCAUAGUACGAGCAAACAAUUCAGAGCUCAGCUUCCUGCUGCUGUUGUCACUUAAACUGUGUUUCCUGUGUGUGCUGCUAUUCAUUGGCAGGCCACAGUUGUGGACGUGUCAGUUGAGACAUGCUGUGUUUGGCAUAAGCUUUGUUCUCUGCGUCUCCAGCAUCCUGGUCAAGACUAUGGUGGUAAUAGCUGUGUUCAAGUCAUCUCGACCAGAGGGCAAAGGAGCAAUGAAAUGGUUUGGAGCAGCUCAACAAAGAUGCACAGUCCUGGUCUUAACAGCACUUCAAGUUGUGAUAUGUGCAGUCUGGCUAUCAACUGCCUCUCCAACACCACAUAAAAACAACCAGUAUACUCGCUCUAAAAUAGUAUAUGAAUGUGCUAUUGGCUCAGUGGCUGGUUUUUCUAUGCUACUGGGUUACAUUGGCCUGUUGGCAGCAGUAAGCUUCCUGUUAGCCUUCCUGGCAAGAAAUCUUCCAGAUAAUUUUAAUGAAGCAAAAUUUAUUACUUUUAGCAUGUUGAUCUUCUGUGCUGUGUGGAUUGCAUUUGUUCCAGCAUAUGUGAGCUCACCGGGGAAAUAUGCAGUGGCUGUGGAGAUAUUUGCCAUUUUAGCUUCUAGUUUUGGAUUACUGGUGGCCAUAUUUGCCCCAAAGUGCUACAUCAUCCUUUUACAUCCAGAGAAGAACACUAAAAAAGCCAUCAUGGGAAGAGAAACACAAAAGAAAUAG